AAUAUUAAAGGACUUGUAUCCACGCCUCCCCCACCCCCCCACCCCCAAGGGAUGGCAAACUUCAACUCUCUCGCUGCCUCGGUUGGGAAGAAGAUCUUCAAGUCCUGCUGAAUAAAGAUCAGGGCAAAUGUCAUAGGAUGAACCCUGCUGGACCAUUCUUACUGUCUGUGAUAUCGUGUCUGGUGUGGCUCUCCUGGGGCUUUGAUCCGGCUCCAAGUGCUUGCUCCGCCUUGGCCUCUGGGGUCCUCUACGGAUCCUUUUCCUUGAAGGACCUCUUCCCCACCGUCUCCACCGGCUGCUCAUGGACCCUGGAGAACCCGGAUCCAACCAAAUACUCUCUGUAUCUCAAGUUCAAUUGGGAGGAGCAAGUCUGCACCCUCUACUCACCCAUGGUGCUUCCGCUGGACCAUUAUCUCUCCAAUGAUACCUGCAACCAGCCCAGAGCGACCGCCCUGCCCCAGGAGGGGAGAGAGGAAGAGGAGGAGGAGGAGGAGGAGGAAGUGGGCUUGGAGCUUUGCCAAGGUGGAGGCCCCUUUGCCUUCUUUCACUUUGACAAGAACUUUGUGCAGCUCUGCCUGGCAGAAGAGCCCGAGGCAGCCAGCCGCUUGCUGCCCCCCGAAGCUGUGGAGUUCCGCUUUGUUGAAGUUCUCUUGAUCAACAACAACAAUUCCAGCCAGUUCACUUGCAGCGUCCUCUGCCGGUGGUUGGAGGACUGCCUUCGGCUGGGUGCUAGCCAGCCCUGCAGUCUCUCACAAACGGGCUGUACCUGCCAGAUGCCUCGAACCCUGCCGGCUCCUCCUGUGGUCAACCAGACGCUUUCCAAUGCCCUGACACCCCCUGGGGCCACCACCACCACCAGCAGAAACAACUGCUGCAUGACCCAAUUGCAUUCUGGGAAUGCGAAUGAUGUAUACUCUCCAGAGAUUAAACACGGUAAUGGUGUGCAAGAGGAUCAGAAGGUGAAAACCCAAUGGCCACGAUCUGCAGAUGAACCAGGAGUGUAUAUGGCACAAACAGUGCACAACAUAUCAGAAGAGUGGUCCCAAUGGAGUGUCUGUUCCCUUACCUGUGGGCAGGGCACUCAGGUACGAACACGUUCCUGUGUCUCCUCACCCUAUGGGACUCUGUGUAGUGGCUUGCUGCGAGAGACCAGGACAUGCAACAACACUGCCAUUUGCCCAGUGGAAGGCCAAUGGCUUGACUGGGGAUCUUGGAGCCGGUGCUCAAUGACCUGUUCCAAUGGGACUCAGCAGAGGACCCGUAAAUGCAGUGUCUUGGCUCAUGGCUUGGCAGAGUGCAAAGGAGCUCAUGCUGAUGCCAGGGAGUGUUACAAUCCAGAAUGUUCAGCUGCAAGCAAAUGGGGCCCAUGGAGUGAAUGGAAUAUGUGCUCUAAGACUUGUGACACUGGCUGGCAGAAACGUUUCCGAAUGUGCCAGGGGAUGGGAGCACAAGACUACCCCUGUGAGGGCAGCGGGGAAGAAGUGAAGACCUGCAACGAGAAAAAAUGCCCAGCAUUCCAUGAGAUGUGCAGGGAUGAGUCAAUUGCCCUGAUGACUUGGAAGAAAGCUGCAGCUGGAGAAACAGUCUACAACAAAUGUCCAUCUAAUGCUACAGGAUCUGCCAGCCGACAGUGCCUGCUCAACUCCCAUGGUGUGGCUUACUGGAGUCUGCCCAGCUUCGCACGCUGCAUUUCCCAUGAGUACCGAUAUUUACAUCUUUCACUCCGUGAGCACCUGGCUAAGGGCCAGCGCAUGCUGGCAGGUGAGGGCAUGUCACAAGUGGUUCGUAGCCUGCUGGAGCUUGUUGCCCGCCGAAGCUAUUACAGUGGGGACCUGCUCUUCUCAGUGGAGAUCUUGCGCAAUGUCACAGAUACUUACAAAAGAGCCACUUACAUUCCUUCCUCAGAUGACGUGCAGCGUUUCUUCCAGGUUGUGAGCUACAUGGUAGAUGCAGAAAACAGGGAGAAAUGGGAAGAUGCACAACAGGUAUUGCCUGGUUCCGUCCUCCUCAUGAAAGUGGUUGAAGAUUUCAUCCAUCUGGUAGGAGGUGCCCUCAAGGCUUUCCAGAGUUCCCUUAUUGUUACAGACAACUUGGUGAUUAGCAUCCAGAGAGAGCCGGUUUCUGCUGUGUCCAGUGAUAUCAAUUUCCCCAUGAAGGGGCGUCGGGGCAUGAAGGAUUGGGCCCGCCACUCCGAAGACAAGAUCUUCAUUCCCAAAGAAGUGCUCAAUCUCUCCUCAUCUGAAGCAGAUGACUCGGCUUAUUUUGUCAUUGGCGCCAUCUUAUAUCGCACCUUGGGAUUAAUUCUGCCCCCUCCUAGAAGUCCUCUAGCGGUCAUGUCCAAAGUUCUCACGGUGACAGUGAAACCACCAACGAAGGCCGUGGAACCCUUGAUCUCAGUGGAGUUGUCCCAUAUUAUCAAUGGCACUUCACAUCAACAGUGUGUGACAUGGGAAUACACUAAAGUAGAGACUGGCUCUGGGAACUGGGACACCGAAAGCUGCCAGACGGUGGAAACCCUCUCUGCUCAUACCAAGUGUCAGUGCAGACAGCUCUCGACCUUUGCCGUGGUUGCUCAGCUCCCCAAAGACCUGGCUAUGGAUUCUGGCAGUUCUCCAUCAGUCCCCCUCAUGAUUGGCUGUGCAGUUUCCUGUAUGGCUUUGCUGACCUUGCUGGCAAUCUAUGCUGCAUUUUGGAGGUUUAUCAAAUCUGAACGUUCCAUCAUUCUUCUGAAUUUUUGUCUCUCUAUUUUGGCCUCCAAUGUGUUGAUCUUGGUGGGACAGUCCCAGAUGCUCAGUAAGGCCAUCUGCACCAUGACAGCUGCCUUCCUCCAUUUCUUCUUCCUCUCUUCCUUCUGUUGGGUACUGACCGAGGCUUGGCAAUCUUACUUGGCUGUCAUUGGCAGAAUCCGAACUCGGCUAGUUCGUAAACGCUUCCUGUGCCUCGGAUGGGGUCUGCCAGCCUUGGUAGUUGCAGUUUCAGUUGGCUUCACUCGGACUAAAGGAUACGGAACAGCCAGCUACUGCUGGCUGUCCCUUGAAGGAGGAUUGCUGUAUGCUUUUGUUGGUCCUGCUGCUGUGAUUGUUCUGGUCAACAUGCUGAUUGGGAUCAUCGUAUUUAACAAGCUGAUGUCUCGAGAUGGCAUCUCAGAUAAGUCCAAAAAGCAGCGAGCUGGGGCAUCGCUAUGGAGCUCCUGCGUGGUUCUUCCCCUCCUGGCGCUCACCUGGAUGUCAGCUGUGCUUGCCAUGACUGACCGGCGCUCCAUCCUCUUUCAAGUCCUCUUUGCCGUCUUCAACUCCAUUCAGGGCUUCGUCAUCAUCACCGUCCACUGCUUUCUGCGCAGAGAGGUCCAGGAUGUGGUGAAAUGCCAGAUUGGGGUGUGUAAAAGUGACGAAAAUGAGAAUUCACCAGAUUCGUGCAAGAACGGGCAAGUCCAGAUCAUGACAGAUUUUGAAAAAGAUGUUGACCUGGCAUGUCAGACAGUCCUCUUUAAAGAGGUUAACACGUGCAACCCAGCUACCAUCACCAGCACACUGUCGCGUAUCUCCCUGGAUGGUGAUGAGGAUCCAAAACUCAACACUAGCUCCGAAGGUGGCCUGGGCUUCUCCACCCUCCCUGGGAACAUCCCACCUACUUCCAUCCUGGUCCAGAUGCCACAAAUGACCCACAACGUGGUGAAAGGACUGAAGGAGCUCAAUGACCCCCCUGCCAAGAAAGACGUCAAUGUGGAUGUGGCCCGUGGGCCAGUCUACCUGUGCAGUGACAACAACCUGCGGCAACUGGAUUACAGUUGGCUGCAUUCACAGGAGCCUUCCCUUGAGAGCAAUUAUAUGGUGCUUCCCCGGAGGACAGUGAGCCUUAAGCCUUUCACCAGGGAAGAAGGAAAACUCAACAUCAAGUUGGAUGAACCUCCAGGCCUGCCUCAGGGACGGCAAUCAGUGGAGGCCGAGGCUUACCCCAGCUUUGCCUCCAUGGACCACAUCAACGUGAACUUGAACCAGCCCUAUGGGACAGUCAAGCACCCAUAUGGCCUUCAAUUCAAGCAACACCCCACAGUGCGGCAGAUCCUGGCCUCAGAGUUGUCAGAGCGAAGCCGCAGCAUGCCCCGCACUGUGCCUGGCUCAGCCAUGAAAGUGGGCUCCCUGGAGAGGAAAAGACUACGGUACUCUGACCUGGAUUUUGAGAAAGUUAUGCACACAAAGAAACGCCAUUCAGAACUCUACCACGAAUUGAAUCAGAAAUUCCACACUUUGGAUCGGUAUCGUGCUCCAGCCACUAAUGCUUCAAAGAGAGAAAAGCGAUGGAGUGUCUCUUCAGGAAGUGGCGAAAAGAAUAUGACCAGUCAAGAGAUAACCAGCCCAGAGAGCCAGCAACAGAAGCAAAAGUCUUGGAGUACGUUCAAGGCCAUGACACUGAGCUCCCUGCCCUCCAAGCCGCGGGAAAAGCUCGAACUGCACUCAGCCAACUGGGAAAAGCAUUGCAUGAGCCUGGAUCUGUCAGAGGGCGACUUCCAAACAGAAGUGUGAGCCUCAUGGACUCUGUGACUUAGCAGCCUAUAAAUAUAUAUAAAUAUAAAUAUAUAUAUAUAUAUUUUUCACACUGACACUUUGGAAAAAUCAAGCAAAUCAGGAUAGGCAAGAGUUUCUUCCCCUUCUGGUGUUUUUCUGGGGAGACUUUUUUAAAACUCAGCCCUCUCUUUAGACACUUCUCAAGGAGGAAGGGGAGGAGCACCAGGAAUGCUGGGCGACUUCCGCAGCUGCCAAGCAGGUGCAGCCAUGCUCACCUUCCCACACACCUUUCUCUGCUCCCCUUGCAGAUCCUAUGGGGACAUAUUCCUUUCUGCAUCACU